AUGUAUGAAAUUUCAAAGUCAUCGCCUGCAAAAUAUUAUAUAUCCCUACCUCAAUUAUUUGGUGCUUAUAUUUUCCAAUUCGCACUCAUCCAAAUCAAAGAUACAGAGAGAAAUGGGAUUCAAAAACGAAGAUUUUCAGCCUUUUCCAAAUAGUGAUUAUCAGCAAUUCCAAAGGAGUCCAGAUGAUUCAUUCGACAAAUUUACUGAUCAGGCUAAUUCCACUAUGAAAUGGGGAAUUGCAGAAUCUUUUGUACUAGGUGUGGUGACAAUUGUAGCAAUUACAGCAAUAGUAUAUGCAAUUAUUGAUUGUUUAAAGAAAGCAGGAAGUGCAAUUCCAGGUUAUGCUAGAAUUGCUAACAUUGACAUUGAUCAUAAAGUUUCAAACCAACAAUCUUCAGUAGAUCAUAUGGCAAUAACAAUGGAGCAAGAAUCUCAAAACCCACAAAUUCAGUUUCCAACAAUAGAAAGAUUCCUCAGUAACAUGGCAAGAGAGAAACCUGUUCGGUUUUCGCCUCAGCAGAUCGAAGAAUUCACCAAUAAUUGCUCCGACAUUUUGGGAUCGGGAAGCUAUGGAGUAGUCUUCAAAGGCGUGUUACCAAAUGGCGUGCCUGUAGCGGUUAAAGUUCUCACGAAUCGUUCGAGUAACAAGCAAUUGGAGGAGCAAUUCAUGGCGGAAGUAAGCACUAUCGGAAGAACUUACCAUGCCAACUUGGUUAAACUUUACGGGUUUUGCUUUGAUUCUUCGGUGAUGGCUCUUGUUUACGAGUAUUUAGAGAACGGAUCUUUGAACAAGUUCUUGUUCGACGAAAACCAAGAAAUAAAGUGGGAGAAGCUCAACGAGAUUGCAAUAGGAACUGCAAAAGGUUUAGCCUAUUUACACGAGGAUUGCGAACAUAGCAUUAUUCAUUAUGAUAUCAAACCCGAAAACAUUCUUCUCGACGAUAAGUUGAAUCCAAAGGUUGCGGAUUUUGGAUUGGCAAAGCUGUGUAAUAAAAGAGAAAAUAGUAAGAUAGCAUUAAGUGGCGGUAGAGGAACACUCGGAUACUCUGCCCCGGAGGUGUGGGAAUGGAAUCAUCCCACAACUCAUAAGUGCGAUGUGUAUAGUUUUGGGAUUGUUCUGUUCGAAAUCAUCGGAAGGAGACGCCAAUUUGAUGCCAAUGCUAUCGAAUCUCGCCAAUGGCUUCCGAAAUGGGCAUGGGAUAUGCAUAAGAACAAGGAACUCGACGUGAUGUUAUCAUUUUGCGGGAUUGAAGACAAGCAUAAGAGAAAGGCAGAGAGAAUGUGUAACAUUGCUUUGAUGUGCAUACAACAUUCACCAUGUGCAAGACCUUUAAUGAGUGAUGUAGUAAAAAUGCUCGAAGGAAGCAUGGAAAUUACGCAUUCGCCUCCGAAUCCGUUCCAGUAUUUGGAAUCUGCGGGUCUUGACAUGAUAUCGAGCAUUGGAAGUCUUGACGACUCGGACACGAUUGCAUCAAGAAAAUAUUUUUCAGAGAAUUAUCACCUUGCUUCUAAAAAUGAUACGUCUGAAAUAGAGUUAGCCACUUAUUAGAUUUUACCUAAAAUAGACUUAGAAAAAUUAUGGUAGUUGAUUUAAGUUAUAAGGUGAUGUUACUAAAAUUUUCAUUUGUUAUCAUUUAAUUUUAUGGUA